AUGGGCAACGAAACACCGUUGGUAGCCGUCCGAGAGGAUCGUACCUCUCUGGAGACGGACCUCGGGUCGGAGCUUUUCGACGCCGCCGAGUUUGGCGAAGUGUACAUCCGAAAAUCUCUUAUCUUAAAUCGUGCCUUGGACGAGAUUGGCUUCGGCAGGUACCAAAUUGGCCUUUUUUUCGUGGCCGGUUUUGGCUGGUUUGCUGAUAACGCUUGGCCCUCGGCCACGUCGUAUAUUCUCCAGCGCUUGACAGAGAAAGACCUGGUCCAUUUUCCUCCUGCAAGAGCGCCGUACCUCACCUUAGCCCAGAACUUGGGGUUGCUUGCGGGAGCGUUAUUCUGGUCUCUUUCCGCUGACAUCAUCGGGCGGCGGUGGGCUUUCAACUGUACUUUCUUGUUCAUUGGGAUCUUUGGCUUGUGCGCUGGUGCUGCACCAAAUUUCGUCGGCAUUGGGUGCUUCUGUGCCCUUUGGAGUUUUGGUGUGGGCGGCAAUUUACCUGUCGACUCUGCUAUUUUCCUCGAGGCACUCCCAACAAACAAAAAAUGGCUCUUGACCGUGAUGUCCAUAUGGUGGGCGUUGGGUCAAGUUGUUACCGCACUUAUCUCCUGGGGUCUCAUCUCCAAUUACAGUUGCCCCGAUCCUACCAAUUGCGUCAAGGCAGAAAACAAAGGCUGGAGGUACUUCUUGUUUACGAUUGGCGGUCUCAGCUUAUUGAUGUUCCUUGCGAGGUUUCUCAUGCCCGUUUACGAGAGCCCCACGUUCUAUUUGGCUCGAGGCAACGACGAGAAAGCUGUGGAAACCAUCCACAAAAUCGCUCGUAUCAAUAAGAAAGAGUCUCUUCUUUCCAUCGAGGAUUUGCGUGCAGUGGACGAUUUGGAGAUCGAUGACGUCCCUAAACCUAGUGGCAAUAUCAGGGGCAAUGAGCUUUUAAAAUCCAAAAUCAAGCGCUACAAUCUUUCCCACAUUCGCCAGUGUUUUGGAUCACGCCGUAUUGCUCUUUCUUCUACGCUUGUCAUCACAUCAUGGGCACUCAUAGGGCUUGCAUUUCCUUUGUACAAUGCUUUUCUCCCAUCUUAUUUAGAACAGCGAGGACUGGCUAACAAGGAGCUAAGCGUGGGUACAACCUACAGAAACACUUUGAUAGUGGCAAUAAUGGGAUUUCCAGGUGCAAUCAUCGCUGGGUUGUUGGUGGAGCUCAGGACAGGCAGAAAGGGUGUCUUGUUCUGUUCGCUUAUUCUCUCAGGAAUUGUGCUUUUUGGUUCUACAACGGCAAGAACACCAGACUCUAACUUGGCGUGGAACUGCUUCUUCAACUUCUUUUCGAAUAUCAUGUACGGGACGUUAUAUGCCUACACGCCGGAAGUGUUUCCUACAAGAAUCAGAGGCACCUCUGUGGGUCUUGCAGCCUCAGCCAACAGAGUACUAGGAGUUUUCGCACCCAUUAUCGCCAUCUUUGCUGACUUGACCACGUCGGCCCCCAUCUUUGUAUCCGGGGCACUAUUUUUGUUUUCUGCUGUCUUGGUGAUCUUUUACCCCUUCGAACCACAUGGGAAACUGAGUUUAUAG